CUGCGUCGAUUAUAUUAAAUAAAAUCAUCUCAUCUCAAAAAUGUUGUUUUAAUAUAACGACUGAAUCCCGCUCGGCUAUUUCUAUUUUUAGAUUCUGUUUUUAAACAAAACAUCAAGAAAAUCAUGUCAGGUGGUGAUGUUGAAGUUGAAGUAAAUGACAUCGAUGAUGUUAGUGGCGUUGUGAUGGAUGAAGAGCCAGAUGAAGCAGAAACUGUUGAGCGUAUUAAAUCGGGUGUUCGUGUUCGAAAAGGACGUGGUUUUAAUGAAGCUAGUGAACGUAUAUCAAUGCAAGAGGGUGAAUAUGAUACGGUUGAUUCACAGCAAAAUGGAGACCCCGGUCCAGCACGAAGCGUUGAAGGUUGGAUAUUAUUCAUAACAAAUGUUCAUGAAGAAUCUCAAGAAGAUACAAUGUAUGAUCUAUUUCGUGAAUAUGGUUCAGUUAAAAAUAUGCAUUUAAAUCUGGAUCGUCGGACGGGUUAUGCUAAAGGCUAUGCUUUAGUUGAAUAUGAAACAUUUAAUGAAGCAAAAAGUGCCUUACAAGAAUUAGAUGGACGGGAUUUGCUCGGACAUAAACUACACGUUGAUUGGGCAUUCGUUAAAGGACCGUUAAAAAAACGUGGCAAUAAUAAUCGUACAUCAUCAACAACAAUAAAAACAAUAUCGGGUACCGGACGUUCAACGUAUCGCCGACGAUAG